AUGGCGGCUGGGGCGAUGACAGCCGGGGCCAUGGCGGCUGGGGCGAUGACAGCCGGGGCCAUGGCGGCUGGGACGAUGACGGCCGAGGCCAUGACACCCGGGCCGACGACCGCCGGGGCCAUGGCAGUCGGGCCGACUAUUAAGCGGACAUACCCGAAAGGAUUCCUCUCCCAAAGGGAGUGGGAGGAAAGAAAGCGGAUCAAUGAAGCCAUAAGAAGGGCACUGAAUAAAGAAAAAAAAAUAAAAAGAUGUUAUAUGCCCGCAUCGUCCGCACCAUCCGGAUACGUGGCCGGCUCAUCCGAAUAUGUGUCCGCAUCGUCCGCACCACCGGGAUAUGUGCCCGCAUCGUCCGCACCACCGGGAUAUGUGCCCGCAUCGUCCGCACCACCGGGAUAUGUACCCGCAUCAUCCGGACUAUCCGGAUAUGUGCCCGCAUCGUCCGCACAACCCGGACACUUAAAUUUUUUUUAAUUUUUAAUUUUUUAAUUUUUUUUAAUUUAAUUUAA